UGGCGGGGACUGGGCAGCGCGAGUCACAGCCCUGCAGAUUGAUGUCCCCAUGAUACAGCAAGAAAGGCCUUGCAAAAUACGCGAGUCACCAGCACGCCGGAGAGUAACGAGAUGCACUAACGAAGUAUUUGCCUCACAGGGCGAUGGCUGUGAUGGAGAAGAGGAAAGCUAACAGAACGGCCCGCGGCUCUGUAACACGGAGUAACAGCAGGCUGGGGCGGGGAAGGAGGCGUUUGUGCACAGUGGCAGCUUUGAUGCACACCUCUGAAAUCUGCAGCUCGCAGUAAAUGCCCACAACAGCUUCUACGAAGCGCGUCAGCCGCUGCACAAGGGAUGUGGCGGCACAAGGCCUUUCCCAGCCGCCAUUUCCGCCACUCGGCGGCCACCCGCCGCCACAGCGUCACGCCGCUCAGCGCCCCGCCCCUCGGCCCGGCCCCGCCCCGCCCCCCCCGCACCAUCGAGCCGAGUCCUCCGGGCGGCCAGAGCAGCUGUCGGCGGGAGGCCGCGCAGACAACAUGCCCCUGGCCAGGGACCUGCUGCACCCCUCCCUGGAGGAGGAGAGGAGGAAGCACAAGAAGAAGCGUUUGGUGCAGAGCCCCAACUCCUACUUCAUGGACGUCAAGUGCCCAGGAUGCUACAAGAUCACCACUGUGUUCAGCCAUGCUCAGACAGUGGUUCUGUGUGUAGGCUGCUCAACUAUUCUGUGUCAGCCUACUGGGGGAAAAGCAAGGCUCACAGAAGGCUGUUCAUUUAGAAGAAAGCAACACUGAACAGUCUCUUCAGCAUACAGCAGUGGAUCUGUGUUCCUGAAAGCCUUACCUGUUAAAAAAAAUGCCUGUUGAUGUAACAAUGUAAUUAUGACUGAUUUUGUGAAAAUGACACACCAUUGGUGACUGAUCAGCUGGAAUCUUUUUCAAUAAAUGGUUUGGAGUGCA